AUGAUCGGUAACACGCCUAAGCCAUCCUCUCAACCUCAAUCCCAUCCUCAACCUCAGUCUCGAUCAGUCAUCCCACGAUAUCAUCCUUAUUCAGACACGGCCAAUCCUCUCGCUUAUCGUCGUGGACCACCUUCCAUUGCAUCAUCGGUCACCUCUUAUGCUCCCUCUAUAGCUUCCGAUACUACCAUCAUUCCCAUUCAGCACAGACGGAAUGUCCCACAACGCCAAGUCAAUACUAGUGUAGCGCCAAGUUCACAUAUAUGGGAAGAAUUUUAUGCAGAACAUGGGAGACCUAAAGAACAGUCCACUGUUGGAGCUAGAGCUGAAGAUGAUGAGGUCAGUGGGAUUCAAAAUGUUGAAACAACGCCUCGUCUCAAUGAUCUAUCCCUUGACCUUUCGAUUACUUCUACAAACAAUUCUUCACCGGCAAACGAUAUCACUGCAGAUGCAGCUCUCAAUGCGUUGUUGUCAACGUUAUUUGACCAAAGUCAAGUGCAAGAUCAGGGGUCUUCAAGCCACCAGAUCUCAAAUGGUGACUACCCAGGAGCCGAAUUCCUCAAUUUGCCAGAUACAGCUUCAACCGUAGCUCCAAAUUUCCCAAAUAUAGACGGAUAUGAUUUAAGUCAAUUUGAUUAUGGAUUAUCACAGAAUACAUCGGCAAACGACUCGACAAAUACCAUAGAUCCCAUCCUGAUUAGCGAUAGAGAAGAAGUCGCUGCCAACCAUAGCUGUGAAGCUGCUGAAGGGGUAUAUGUUCAUAACAGCUCAGAUACAAAGUCGCCACUUGAUCGAUCCAAUCGAAUGGCUUGGUUAGCUUCUAUUCAGUCAGAGACACAUGUAUUUUCAUCCUCGACUUUACCCGUACCCUCUCAAACAAUAGACAUUCUAUCCACUGAUUCCUCUCAUGAAGUUUCCCGCAUGUCGAAUAAUGGAGACAAUAAGACUAAAUCGAACACAUCGAAUACAUGCACCUAUACUUAUCCGGUUGAUGAAAUCCCUUUUUCAUUACCAUCAAAAGGCCAUUCUCAUCUCAAAAAUAUCAAAAUGAAGUCUUUGCACCAAGACAGAGAAGUAAUUCGUUUCCAGAAACAGGUAUUGGAAACAGCGGCGACUUUUUAUUCUGAAUUAGGUCAAAUAUUCGAAAAUACUCCGAAAGAUACCGUUAAAUUAGGUAUGACUCGUACAGGCAUGAUGGUACAAGACGAUACGAUCUCGGUCAUAAUUGAUGAUAUCAAGUCCUUAUGUGGACGACUAACAUCGAAAGCAACUAAUAUGCCAGGCUAUUCGAAUGAUAAGGAGGAUACCGAAAUGAGUGGCGACAACACGGAUGACACUGCUCUCCUACCAUCGAUACCAAAAGCAAAUAAGAUGUAUUUUGAAAGAGGUUUGCAAGGUUCGUCUGCUGAACCCAUCGAUUUGACCGCUCCUACUCCCAAGUCUGAUGGCAAUACCCCUGCGUCAACAGCUACUGUGCAGUCGACAAUGACAUCGUCUUUAGGAUUGAUAGGGACAGCAUCGCCUCUAAUUCAAGUACUACCACCAGUCACUCAUUCUGCUUCUACACUCCAAUCAUCACCCUCUACCUCAAGGAUCGGAAGCAUCUAUAAUCCGUAUACACCUGAGUCACUUGGUGCAGGACCUUCAAGUAUCAUGCCAAUAGCUACACCCUCACCACUGUGUCACAGCUCUGUUCAGCAAACACAACCAUUUACUAGCUUCUCACCGCUUAUUCGUGCCACAACCACGGAUCGGUCAAAACCUGAUCUACCUCCACUUGGAAUUCCCGAAAACAGAGUAGUCCAUGGUCCAUGGAAUUCUGCAGAAAUCGAACGAUUGCGAACUCUAGUAUCGUUCUCAUUAGAUAUUGAGGAUACAGCACCCAUCGGGCAUAUAGAUUGGACUUGGGUAGUAGAUAAUUUUGGUGGGACAAGGAAUAGACAUCAGAUCCUAAUCAAAGCUGUUGAACUGGGACUGAAAGAGUCAUCCACACAUCGCAGUCGACUGCUUAAGCAAAAAGGAUAUCGUGAGGCUGUAGCAGCGAUGGCGAAUGAACUUGAGGCUGUAGCAGCGAUGGCGAAUGAACUUGAUGCUGCCAGCUCUUUGCCAUUGAGAGGUUAUCUGCCUCCAUUACUCCCAUCUGCUCAGAUCUGCUCGAAGCGAUCGUCCUCAUCUGAAAUAGUGUUGGAACGCGAUCCAAGAAGAAGCACCAAACCCCCGCCACCUGAGUCUCGCAGAACCGCAACCGCUGUCAGGACCUCAAGCAUGGAGAGUCGAAGAGAAAGCAGUAUCAGUCUCUCUUCUGAGCCAGCUAGGACCCCUUUACAACAGAUCUCACCGAUUCCUCAGGAUCGAUCCCGUCUUGUGAUCGCCCGAAGUCCAAAUUCAAAUUCACCUCAUAAUCGAGCAUCGACAUCUUCUCUGAGAGCUCUUACUUUCCCUCAUUCACCAAAAUCGAGAAUCAAGUCGAUGGGAUUCAAACCUUAUGCUCAUUCUUCUCAUCCGCUGAUCCCUAACACUGCUCCACCACGAACAUCGUUCCCUAGACACGAAAGAAGACCAAGCGGCUGGAGGUUGGCCGAUAUGUCCAGAGGGGAUGGGAGACCAAGUAUUAUCAAUCCUACUUUCGGUACAGCGGUGAUGGCGGGAUAUCAACUGAGUUCUAUCUUAGAUAAAUCAACGGAAGAUUGA